AUGGGCGACUCGGCAGUUACAGCGCAGGGCUCCACCUCCCCCAAGUCCGCCAAAUCUCCCAAGAGCGCAAGCUCGCCGAUCGAGCCGGGCGCCGCCACCGCUGGACAAGCGUUGGUGGCUGACGAGAACCCCGACGCUCAUUUCGAAGGUGAUGGAGACUCCACGUAUGAUACAGAGGGUGGAAGCGACACUACCUCGCUUCGCUCGAGCAUUAUGAAGUACAGGACGGAGAAUGGGAGGACGUACCACGCCUACAAAGACGGCUCUUAUGUUCUUCCGAAUGACGACGUGGAAAACGACCGCCUCGACGUCCAACACAACAUUUUCCUACUCACCUUCGGUGGACUACACGUCGCUAGUUUCGAGAAAGAACCCCAGCGGGUGUUGGACGUUGGCUGUGGCACCGGCAUCUGGUCCAUCGAUUUCGCUGAUGAGCACCCAGAGUCGCACGUUACCGGUAUCGACUUGAGUCCCAUCCAACCUCCAUUCGUGCCACCAAACGUAAACUUCUACGUCGACGACCUUGAAGAUGACUGGAACUUUUCUAGUCCCUUUGACUUCAUCUUUGCCCGCUUCUGUACGGGAUCUAUCGUGAACUGGCCCAAAUUCUUCAAGCAGAGCUUUGACAACCUAAACUCUGGCGGCAUCAUCGAGCUCCAAGAUAUCAUAUUCCCCACCUUCUGCGACGAUGACACGCUACCCCCCGACGGCCCGCUGAAGCGCUGGUCCGACCUGCUCCUGGAGUGUUUUGAGAGUGUCGGACGGGGGAUCACCUCGGCCUACCUCUACCCCGAGCAGCUCGCAGAAGCUGGCUUCGUGGAUGUGAAUGUCGUGCGUGAAAAGUGGCCGACGAAUCGAUGGCCCAAAGACAAGAGAUAUAAGCAAAUCGGUAUCUGGAAUACGGAUAAUAUGAUCAAUGCGCUCCCGUCUCUCAGCCUAGCCCUUUUCACCCGUCCCAAGGAAGAGGGUGGUCUCGGAUGGAGCCUCCCCGAACUCGAAGUCCUGCUCGCCGGUGUUCGGAAGGACAUACGGGACCCGAGCAUCCAUGGUUACUGGAAGAUUCACGCCGUCACAGCCAGGAAGCCGUAG